AUGGAAGAAGGCUCUUUAGCAGCAAAAGGGGCGUUGCGGCUGCUGGGGGCUUCUGGGGUGUACGUACACCCGGCGGCCCAAGUGAAGCUGGACAGCAACGAAGAAGCAGCAGCAGAAGGAGGAUUAGUUUGGUCAUUUUAUUUUCCUGCUGCUGCUUUGGGGGCUUUAGGAGCAGCAGCAACUCUGCAGAUUGACAUGAAGGCAGCAAACGGGGUUCCCUUUUCUUUCGAGUGGCUCAGCCGCCAGCAGCAGCAGCAGCAGCAGCAGCAGCAGCAGCAGCUGCUGCAGCAGCAGCAGCUGCUGCAGCAGCAGCAGCUGCUGCUGCUGUUCGAGGAAGAUGCUGCUCAGGGACAGAGACCCACACCCUGGAAAGGGGGGCCCCUGCCCCCCCCGCUGCCGCUCACGCAGCAGCAGCACGAGCUGCAGCAGCAGCAGCAGCAGCACCUGCAGCAGCAGCAGCAGCUGCAGCAAAUUGACACCGUGGGAUUCGUUAAACCCGAAAGGGAUGUUGUCAUUGACCCUUAUAGGAACGAGUCUGCUGGUCUUUGGUGGUUAUUUAUUUUUUCGUUUUUGGGCAUUGGCUCUCUUUGGCUGAUUUCUCGACUCAUUUUAAGAAGAAGGAGGGGCCCCCGAAAACGCCCUCAGAGAGACACGGAGUUUGGCCGCUUCGAUUUGCUGAGGCUGGACGAGCGCCACUCUUCUGAUUUCGAUGAUGACGUCUAG